AUGGGACAAGGAGGCCGUAGCAAAGACAGUCAAGAAAAGCGGUACAAGAGAUGGGGAGAUAAGAAGGAUAAGAAGAAAGCUGAGGCAGCUAUUCAAAAGGACAUCCACAAAAUCAAGGAAAUCCCCUCCGAUUUCCUCUCUAUCAAGUGGUGCGGUCGGACCGUGCAGAAGAUUGUGCAAUCCAAGUACCGUGCUACCAGUACACCUGAGCAACUUGAGAUGCUUCCAUUGAACGGAAAAAUUCUCCUUCCCUUAGAUCAUCUUCCUUCUGCCUCCAUUCCUGCUGAUAUACCCCCAUAUCUUCUGAUGCACUUUGAGCACUUUCUCACAUCCGACCAGCAAAAGGGUCUCCAGGUUCGUUGGGAUCACUUAGUGGCUAGUGGUGCCGAACAUCUCCUCAAGAAGGACAAAAAUCGCUCAUCCACAGACACAUUUCAUUUUGGGACCUGGGAGGUCACUGGAUCUGUUCCUUGUGUCACCCGGGAGACUGAGGCACAGUCUCCCAAGGCUAUCCUGGCAAUUGAUGACCUUUUGCAUUUUAUCAAAACGUACAUUGCUCCAAAAAUUGCCUCUGUGUUCAAGGAUCACGCUCCAAUCCAAUGGGAAGCAAUCUUAUGGUGCAUCUUCGUUCUUAUAACGGUUGUGCCUGACUGA